CGGCAGAAUCUUGGAGGGGCAACAUUUUGUCAAGGAAUUGCGACUAAUAAGCCUGUUAAACUUGUUCAUUUCUCUCAUUCCCAACCGUUUUGACUCUUUAUCAUGUCUUCUCUCAAGGCUGUCAAGUACACUCGGGGCCAACUCCAGGUCCUCGAUCAACUCCGUCUUCCUCACGAAUUUCACUACGACGAUGUCUCCAACAGAACAGAGGCCUUUGACAGCAUCGCAACUAUGCGAGUGCGAGGUGCCCCAGCUAUUGCCAUCGUAGCAGCUCUCGGUCUAGCUGUUGAACUUCACAAUGGAAGCAUCACAGCUUCAAACGCUGAGGAUACUAUCUCUCAAAUUGAGGAAGCUCUCGACUAUCUCAAAGAAAGCCGACCUACAGCUGUCGACUUGACCAACGCUAUUAACCAGCUCAAGUCCACAAUAAGAGCGGUUGGAAGCACUGCUACCAAGGAGCAGGUUAUCACAGCUUUCAUCGAAGAGGCUGAGAAGAUCUUUGAGAAGGAUCUCCAGACCAACCUCUCCAUUGGUGACCAUGGAGCUGAGUGGCUGCGUGCCCAAGCUGGUGCCUCUUCUGACAAGAAGAUCUCGGUCCUCACACACUGCAACACUGGAUCCCUCGCUACAUCUGGCCACGGUACUGCACUGGGAAUAAUUCGCACUCUUCAGUCCAAGGAUCUCCUCCAGCACGCCUUCUGCACAGAGACUCGACCUUACAACCAAGGAAGCAGACUCACUGCCUUUGAACUUGUCUUUGAGAACAUCCCCAGCACACUCAUCACUGAUUCCAUGGCUGCUUCACUCUUCCGCAACCGCAAGCAAGAAAAGAACAUCGCGGCUGUCAUCGUUGGUGCUGACCGUGUCGUUCGCAAUGGUGACACAGCUAACAAGAUUGGUACCUACCAACUCGCUGUUCUUGCCAAGCACCACGGAAUCAAGUUCAUCGUCGCUGCUCCCACGACCAGCAUUGACCUCGAGACUGAGACUGGCGAUGGUAUCAAGAUUGAGGAGAGAAAGAAGGAGGAGCUCACACAGGUCACAGGAGCUGUGAUCAAACCCGAUGGUACCGUCGAUGAGAGCAGCAAGGUCCGCGUUGCUACCGCUGAUCAGCGAAUCAACGUGUGGAACCCUGCCUUCGAUGUCACUCCCGCGGAGCUCAUUGACGCCGUGGUCACAGAGAAAGGCGCCAUUGAGAAGGGACCUGAUGGCAACUUUGACUUUAGCAAGAUCCUGCCUGAGCGCUGGGCCAAAAUCACUGGUGCAUAAGCCAGUUUUACGAUGUCAUAUUUCAUUUAAGCGGGCUAUCAUAUCCAACAUUAGACUAGAGCAGCGGAAAAUUGGGUUUCUAUUUAUUGCUUCAACGCAUGAAGAAUCAGCUUUUGGUAUCCUUCAACGGCAGUUUCAAGAUCAGCAACGGUCAAGUUCUCCCUCGCGCCAUGUGCAACAAGAAUGUUUCCUGGGCCGUACAGGUACCUCGUGUGGUCACCCUUGAGGUUGGGAAUGUCGGUUCCGUAGUUGACGGUGAUUUUCUCAAAGCCUGAGCUUGUUAGCGACGCUCCCACAAGAAUUUGAAAUGGUGUACGUACCAUCGACAUCGCAAUUUGCUUCCACAGGUCCGUACCCGUGGGUGCAGUCGAAGAUGAAAGCAUCCUUGUCGACCUCGUCAAAGAUGGCUUGGAUCUUGUCAUGAACAAUGACAUGUCCAUCAGCCUGCUUUCCGCUCGCAACUCGCACAGCCAGUCCAACCUUGGCCUCCUCGGGAAUGACAUUAGCGGCCACGCCACCGUUGAAUCGACCAAUAUUGACAGUGGUGUUACCAAACAGCUCACUGCUACCAAGGUCGGUGUCGAGCACUUUAGCAAAGGCUCGAAUCAUCAGCUCGUUGGCUGACUUGCCGAGCCAUGGGUAACCACUGUGACCGGGGAAGCCCUUUGUGGUAACGUCGCAGCCCAGCAUGCCCUUGUGUCCGCAAGCAAGCUUAAGCUCUGUAGGCUCGCCAAAGAUGACAGCGUCCAGACUGUAUGGAAGCUCCUUGGUCUCGAUGGCCUCGCUGAAACGGCGCAUGCCAUCACCCUUGACCUCCUCGCCGACAACGAAUAGCAGGACGACCUUAUGGGGAUCGAUCUUUCCGUGCUCGAUAAGGUUCUCAACCGCAGUGAUUUGAGCAGCAACGCUACCCUUGGCGUCCACACUGCCUCGGCCGGUGAUCAUGGUCUCUUUUGUAACCUCACCAUCAUCAAUUCCAUAUGGGAUAUGCGGUGGAACGACGUCAAUGUGGCUGCUCACACAGACCUUGGGAUCGAAAGUCUUCUUUCCAUCUUGUCGCCAAGCCAGCACAUUGAACCUCGGCUUUCCUUCCGGCGUAUUAUCAAAAGGCUCAACUUCCUGACGCGAAGUAGUAUAUCCCUUUUUCUCAAGAUACCCCUCAAGCCAAACUCCCACAUCAUGUUCAGUUCCAGAAACCGAGGACGUCUCAAUAAGAGACUUGUGCAAGCUCAGUAGCUCGGACCGGUACGAGGGCGCAUCGUCGUUGCUAGCAAUGACGUCGGAGGAGGGCUUUUUGUCAUAAUCUCCAAGAACCUGCUGCCAAUCGAAAGCAAUGGCCAGAGAGGCCGAUGCCAGGAAACUGGCGACUGUUGCGAUGCGCAUCGUGGGGAAACAAAACGGAUUUGUUCGUGUAGCUUAAAGUUUUGGGGUGGAGGUUGGGGAAUAAGUCAGAAGGGGAGCUUGGGUUCAAUUGAGCUCGGACAUUGGUGGAGAAGAGCGGAAUGACGCAAGUGGCCGAUGUCGGGUGUUGUCUGGGGUACCUGGAUGGUCUAGUCAGAUAAGAACAGAGAUAGGAUCUUCUUUUGGAGAGGUCAGUGGCAUGAUAUAGUGAUCCGUACCUAGACGGGGAAUGCCUCUAUUUGGAAGGUCUAUAAAUCGAUCGGCGAAUAACAAAACCCGUAUACAAACAGAUGAAAACUGCUGGGUUACCCGGUUACCCCAUACUGAACAAACUGUCACAGGAACAUUGUAGUCUAAUGCUCCUUCGAAUAGGUUUCUAUUCGGAGUUGCUCUACAUAUAAGAUAAUGUCUUAAAUCUCUCAGCUCUAACCAGUCUAUCAGUGUUGCUGGUUCUCUUAUACGAGAAGCUGUAAGAUUACGCCGCGACAUUGGGCCUAACCUACACCUUGGACCAACUAUAUCCGUUUCGAACUUACACGCAAGACUUGUCAUACCAAGUAUGUUCGAUGGCAAAUUAUUAUUGCUAUAGAUUGGUUAUCCCAUCCUUCUUAUAAACUACUCUUGGUCUCUCC